UUGACGCCUUGGGCAAUUCUAGUUUCAAAACUAGGGCGAGGUGUACUUAAACCAUGGCUGCGGAUCGUACGGACCUGUGCCGCCUGUCCUACAUUUGUGGAGUCCUCGCUGUCUGUUUCGCGGGAUUUUGUUGGUGUCAAGAAGUGAAGACCGUGUCCGUCUUCGAAAAUGCCGACGUCGGGACAGCAGUUGUCAACAUUCCUCUGCUUUUCAGCAUUACAGUACGCGUGCCCACAGAAAAUUUAAAAGCGGAACUUCCGUGUUCUGUUUUAGACGGAGACCGGUAUGGUCGCUUCGCCGUGAACGAAAACUGUACCCUUGUUGUCAACAAUCCCUUGGAUUACUCGGUACAGUCGGAGUAUGUUCUCAAAGUCCUUAUCUCAGGACGAGUCCACCGAGAGGUGAAGGUAAGGCUACAAGUCCAUGACGUCGUGGGCUAUCCCCCGGUCUACAACAUCACCUGUGAGACACCUACAGUAAAACAGAAUGGAGAGAGAGGAACAUUUUUAUUUCAGGCGGGUUUGCAAGUAGAGGGUGUAACGAGCGACGGAGACGUUCUUUCAGCUAAAGUAAGAUUUCCUAAACCGAAUUGGGAUCCUGGGGAUCCCUUGCCUUCAGAUCACCCACAGCUCAUCGUGAAUACGGACAACGGGGACUGCACGGUCGAUCUGUUUUGGGCUGUCUAUCAAGCAAUCGACGAAGCAAUUGUUGAUAAGCUCUGGUUGACAAAGGUACAUUCUAUAACAUGUUUCAGUGGGCCUGCCUCCGAUCGGAAUAGCUCAGUCUUCAUGAUAAAUUUAAUUGAUAAGGAAGCAAACUAUGAUCCUCGGCUGAGUUACGUAAGAGAGAACGUCCCUGACAGCUGGAUGGAAAGUGAUUUUCAAAAGUAUAUUGUCUAUUCUUCUCUGACAACAAUGUCAGGAGACCAGCGACGUUUCGUGUGUCAGCUACCAGAAACAAUGCCCUCCAUCAAAAUUAGACAGUCUUUAAUGACAGUUGACAUUGUUGCCAUCAACUACGUGUGGGCAGAGAUCAAACCAGUCGGCUGUCCGAGAGGAAGAUACGGCUGGGCAUGUCAGAACAUCUGUAUAUGCAGGAACGGGGCAUAUUGCCAUGCCUUCAAUGGAGCCUGCAAGUGUCAGCAGGGGUGGACAGGUGUGGCCUGUGACAUUCCCAAAGAUACCGUCUCCGUUGUAGCGACACCUAGCGAUCCUCGCGAUUUGUACAUCUCCGGAAACGUGACACUGCGCUGUGAAGUGUACGAUGUAGAUGUUGUGACAACGUCGUGGAUAUUUCCAGAUGGGUCUGCAAAAACAACGACAGGUGCCGACGGCACUGAAAUCACGAUCUCCGACAUAAAGACAACGGAUAAUGGACCCUACAUCUGUCAGGUUAACGACUCACGUGGGGACGUUUUCAAGACAGACGUUGUGCUGAACGUGGACAGUUGUCCCCCUGACAGAACAGGCCAGCACUGCGAGGACGUCUGCGGCUGCCGACACGGCGCCAGUUGUGACCGGUGGGCUGGCUGUGUGUGCCCCGCUGGAUGGACGGGACGCAGGUGUCAGACCGCUUGUCCGCAGGGCACGUACGGGUACGGCUGUAGGGAGACGUGCGAGUGUGAAAACGGCGCGUGUCUGCCUAGCGACGGCGUGUGUAACUGCACAGAGGGCUGGUUCGGACAGGACUGUAGCAAGCCCUGUUUACCUGGACGUUACGGGUGGAGCUGCCAUCAAAUCUGCACCUGCAAAAACAACGCCACCUGUCAUCACGUGGAUGGCACCUGCAAAUGCACCCCGCCCUGGACAGGACCUACGUGUAAGGUUUUGGAGGGGAAUCAGAGUAAUGACCCACCGCUCACAUAUUUUAUAUAUGUGGUCCUCAUCUUUGUAGUUACGUUUUGCCUUAUAUUACUAGCUGUGCUGUACAGGAAAAGGCGGGUAACUUGUCGCGCAGUCGACGACAAACGAGAAACGAGGCUUCUCCUUGAGCUCGAGUUGCAGCGCCUGGAGGAAGACGUGACAGAGUCCUUGCAGCCAGGAUGGCUGAAGCGAUGGGAAAGGAAACCCAACUGCCUUUCCCCUGGCAUCAUGAUCGGAAUGGGGAUGUUUGGAUACGUCCGGAGGUCCCAGUUGCGCACGCCUGAGGGGGAAGUCACCGUCGCGGCCAAGUCCGUCCGGACUGAGGACGCGCAGUGCUACCGCGACUUCUGCCGAGAGACCGCCAUACUGGUAACCGUACAUGAAGAUAAGGAUCACAAAGCGUCCGAAUCAAAUAUCAUCCAACUGCUCGGGCUCAUCACCCAGUCUCCAGAAAAGUUUAUCCUUUUGGAGUUUGCUCCAGGUGGAGACCUUUUAAACCUGCUACUUAGUCACGAGUACCAAGCUUUCAAGGAAUGCGCUCAACUGGUGACAGUCGUAAUAAGACUUCUUCGGUAUGCGGAACACGUAUCGUGCGCCUUGAAGGAGCUCCAACGUUUACGUAUCGCCCAUCGAGAUGUAGCGGCGCGUAAUGUCCUCAUCACGCGGGGUGACGUCGCCAAGCUGGCGGACUUCGGGUCAGCCCGGGAUGUCUACACCACUACUCAGUACGUGCCCGCCGACGCACAGAGCAACGUGCCCGUUCCGCUGAAGUGGAUGGCGCUGGAGUCCUUAGAGUCCCGCAAGUACACCUGUCAGAGCGACGUGUGGUCGUUCGGCGUGUUUCUGUGGGAGAUAGCCACGCUCGGAGACGAGCCGCACUACGACGGACGCCUACAUCUGACCUGUCCCGAGUUGGUAGUGCUUCUCCGACAGGGCGUUAGGCUGGACAUCCCACGAGAAUGUCCGACUGACCUGUACGGAAUAAUGACGUCAUGUUGGGCGGCUGACCCAUCUGCAAGACCCAGUCCCGAGACACUUAUCGAACGUAUUGAUAAAGUACGGAUGGACAGUUGUCUACUUGUUGAGUUUGAGACGUCAGUUUAGUAUAGAUAUAUUCACCAUCUUUCCUGUAAACGAGUUUGAGAGAUCAAUUUAGUAGUCAUGUAUCAUAAACGGUUUCUCUUGUUUCUUAUUAUGUAUCAUACUUAUCAUACUAGACAUGUACUGAGGCGUGCAGUAACAUUACGUUAAAAUACAAUAUUAAUACAUUAAGCGGGUGUUGCGCCAUGUGUAUGUAUGUUUUUCGAUGCAUAUUAUAAUAUUUUGCGGAGGUACGAAAUAUGCUUUGACUGUAUCAGCAACUUUUUUGACAA